CCCCAGUCCAGAUCCAGGGAGCAACGAUGAAGACCUUCAUCUUCCUUGCCCUGCUGGGAGCCACUGUUGCUUUCCCCAUUGAUGAUGAUGACAAGAUCAUUGGGGGCUACACCUGUCAGAAGAAUUCUGUCCCCUACCAGGUGUUCCUGAACUUGGGCUACCUCUUCUGUGGCGGCUCCCUCAUCAAUUCCCAGUGGGUGGUGUCUGCAGCUCACUGCUACAAGUCCCGAAUCCAGGUGCGUCUGGGAGAACACAACAUUGCAGUCUCUGAGAGUGCUGAGCAAUUCAUCAAUUCAGCCAAGGUCAUCCGCCACCCCAAAUACAAUGAAAAAACUUUUGAUAAUGACAUCAUGCUGAUUAAACUGAGCUCACCUGCCACUCUCAACUCUCGAGUGUCUGCUGUCUCUCUGCCAAAAUCCUGUGCAGCUGCUGGUACCCAGUGCCUCAUCUCUGGCUGGGGGAAUCUUCAGAGCGUUGGGGGAAAGUUUCCUGAUGCCCUGCAGUGCCUUCAAGCGCCCAUCCUCUCUGACAGCACUUGCCGCAAUGCCUACCCUGGCAAGAUCAGCAGCAACAUGAUCUGUCUGGGCUACCUGCAGGGUGGAAAGGAUGCCUGCCAGGGUGAUUCUGGUGGCCCUGUGGUCUGCAACAGAGAGCUCCAGGGCAUUGUCUCCUGGGGUAUCGGCUGUGCUCAAAAAGGCAAACCUGGUGUCUACACCAAGGUCUGCAACUACGUGAGCUGGAUUCAGCGGACCAUCACUGCCAACUAAGCAUGUAAGCAUGUGUACCGCUCUAUGCACCAUCCCGUUAGUCACCUUCACCUUCCAACCAUGCCUGAAAACAAUAUCAAAUAAAAACACUUUGUUCCACAU